UUCUUUUUUUUUUUUUUGAAUUGAAUGUUAAAUUUAAUUCAAAGAAAAAACCCUAUUACAAAGUACCUUACUUUCUAUGAUUUCUAUACAAAUUGAAUAAAAAUCAAAGCAAAGAUCAAAUCAAAAAAACUCAUAAUUUGCUCCACUACUUCCACCAACUAUCUUCUCUCUACCUAGCUCUCACUCCUACUAGGUAGCCAGCACUCACUCCUACUGGCUUUCCCAGCACUCACUCCUACUGGUCUCCCACCCAGCACUCACUCCUACUGGUCUCCCACCCUCAACUCAUCCUCCCUUGUAGCAAACCAAUAUUGCAACCCUGCGCCAAACUCUUUGUUACCUCUUCGCUGAAUCAAGUAGAGCUUAUUUCUCAUAUUCUUAUCAAGUAAUUUGAUCAAUAACCCAGCAGGUGCUUCAAUCUCUCCAUGUCUCCUUCUGUUUCUCUCUCUCCAGAUCAUAUACACAGCUGCUUGAAACAUAUAAUGAACAAUGAACUGGUGCAUUCUCCUCCUUUUGCUACGACGUAUAACACUCUGUAUCUCCCCCCAUUGCAAAGUAAACUUCUCUCUUAAUAUACCCUGCAUCAAAGCUUUCCAGAUCUGAGCCGAGUAACAGCAUCCAAAGAAUAGAUGCUCCACCGUUUCCAAUUGAUCAGUACAUAAGACACAAGAAGUAAGAACAUUACUAUUCCAAUGCCUCAUGCGAUCCCCAGUAGCAAGUCUUCCUUUCAUUGCCAUCCACAUAAUAAAAAAAUAUUUCGGGGUUGCAUACUGAAACCAUACCUCAUGGUUUCAGUAUGCAACCCCGAAAUAUUCUAAAGUGGUAAAAAAGGAAAUUGUACGGGAUAUUCUAUUACCAUUAAUAAAUUUCCUCAUAUAACCCCCAAAAUAAUAUUCAUGCAAUCACGCCAUAAUUUCAGAAAUGAUUCGUUACUCUCCAAAUAUAUAUUCAUCCUCCAUUUCAUAACUCUCUCUUUUUCCUCCUCUUUUCAUCAUCAUCAAGAAAAACCACAACACACAUGGCCGACAAUAACACUCAACCAUGGCCAAGAAACAAAAACAUACGUCCAUCGGUUGAUAGCAACGACACCAUCCAACGAUCUCCGAGAAGCUCAGGAGGAUUCACAACGGACAAAGACAUAGGCAGCCGCAGACCACCAAGGCAUCACCAAUCUGUAGACAGUGUCGAUAGCACUUCGAGCCUAUACUCUAUCGACUCUCGAAGAUCAAAGCCACCACCACCAGGGACUUACCACGUUCAACUCCCCAAAGACCAAAUCUACCGUGUCCCCCCGCCGGAGAACGCUCACCGCUACGAGUACCUCUCUCGCCAGAAACACAACCGAUCAGCUUGCCGCCGAUGCUGCUGUUACUCCUUCGCUACGCUGCUCGUUCUCCUCUUGCUCGCAGCACUCGUCGUGGGGGUCUUUUUUCUAGUCUGCCGGCCGCAUAAGCCGCGGUUCUCCGUGAGCGGAGUCUCCGUCGCCGGGGUCACUCUCGCGUCGCCGUCUCCGAUCUCUCCGGUGUUCAAAAUCAAGGUGAGGUGUAAGAACGUUAACGGUAAACUCGGUUUGAUCUACGAGAAAGGAAGCGCGGUUGAGAUUUUCCACGAGGGGAUCAAGCUAGGUGACGGCGAGUUCGCGGCGUUUGAGCAGCCGGCUGAAAAUGUUACGAUGACGGUGACGAAGUUAAGGGGGUCGAGGAUCCAGUUAAAGAGCUCGUCGCGCAAAGAUCUCGUUGAAUCGCAGAAGAGAAGAAAAGUGCUGUUUGACGUGAGAGUCAAGGCGCCGAUUAAGUUUAGGGUUGGUGUGGUUACCACGUGGACGAUGGGACUUACCGUGGACUGCAAGAUAACAGUGGAUAAACUGACGUCAUCAGCUACAGUGAUAACGGAAGAUUGUGUUACGCAAGACAUAAGCCUGCUGUGAUGUUGUUUCAGACUUUGGUUCGGUUCGAUUUAUUAUUAUUGUUAUAUUUUUUUUAGUUUGUUUGAUUCAUUGUUAUGUUUCUGAAUAAGAUUGAAAUUUGAUUUGUUGGAAGUGAAAACGUUUUUUUUUUGAAUAAUUAAUUUCGUCAAACGUAUCAGAAACCUAUCAAAAUAAUUCUUUCAUUUGCUUGUGAAGCCCAUAAUUGUUAGCAGAAACAACAUAAUGCAAACACAAACUAUAAGUUAACAUGACACAAAUCUACAGAAAGUACUAUCUAAAUAAGUAAAUAAUAAUCUCAAGUUGAAACAAACAUCUCUUAUUGUAUCUACAGAGACUAAAAUCAACUCUCUUUUUGUGUUGUUAUACAAAAUUGAGUAAUUAGAAAAUAAAAUCACCAAGAAUCACAAUCCAUAUUAUUUAGCGGCAAUCUUAACAAACAAGUCCUUAUCAAUAUUUCUCCAAGCCAUAUAGGUUUCCCUUGUGGUAAAAGUCAAGAGUUAGCUGCUCAAAGUCCUUGUAAAAGCUCAUCAUCGAAUUGCUUCUCCAGACCAUAACUUCUGACAUAGGGUAGAGCUAUAUUGGUGAGGUCAAGAUUAAACUAGAGAACUUACCCGCAGUUAAAUAGAUCGAAAACAGAUAAAGGUAUUACCUAUAAAACCUAAAGAGACUCCAAACCAUACUUGUAGUUUCCAGCUGCAUCCCUAAGAGCAAACUUUCCAGGCAAUAGGGUUAGGUCUAUAAUCAGAAACAUGAGUUAUAUGCAAGAGUUACAUUUCAUGUUGCGAGAGCCAAAAACCCAUCAAAAGGAGGUUGAGAUGAAAUUUACCUCACUACAUCCACUGCCUGGCCCAGCUUCUUUCUUUCGUUUAACGCUUGUCUAAUUUGAAUGUUUUUUUUUCUUUUUAAUUUAUUGUUACGUAUGUGAACGCUGAUCUCUAAUUGACUUCUUCGUCACCACAUUUAGUUUACAUAGACAAAAUAUGAAAUUCGAGAACACCUUUAAUAAUUUCGUCAACGGCUCACCUCUUCCUUCAUGUACAAGAAGUUUAUUUCUCUAUUUGCAGUGUCACCUCUAUAUAUUUUCAAACGGUUAGAUUUUAUUACUAAAUCAGAUCGUUUCAAUUUAGA